ACACCAGAAUCCCUAAGCUCUGAAGGGGCAGGAUGAUAUACAACGUUUGAGUACAUUAUCACUUCGCCCCACACGACUUUCUAUAACAGUCUAGAGCGAGGCGAGCCAUUUCCCGCCAAAAUCAACUGGCGCGCAAUUUUAACAACUCUCGCUCAAAUAGAAAAAAAGAAAGAAGUUUGUUGUGGGAAGGUUAACGAGAAAGGAGUCGUGCUAAUUGUAACGUUAACAUCAUCGCCGCACUUUAAGCUCGUUGAAGAGAGCUAGGUUUAGGUUUGGAAAGGAGGGUUUAUCCAUCGGAGCGCAAUGGCGGGAAGAAUAUCCCACGUUUUGGUGGUCGUCUGUAUGGGCACGCUGUUUAGGACUUGUUGUUCAUCGGGUUCGUCAACUAUUAUGGUUGGUGCUAUUUUCGAUAGAUAUCUAGACUUCGGUUUUGAACGUGGUAUCAUCUCUCAUAACACCCAGAAGAAUAAAUCAAAUUCAUUUCAGUUUAUGGCUUUGGAACUACCAGCUCUACUGGAAGAUACAUUCAAUGUCACCAGAAGGCUCUGCACCCUCUACUCCCAGAACACCCUGAUCACCGGUGGCCAUUCUAAACAGGUGUGUCUCCCGACUUUGCAGUCUUACGCCAACUACUUCCUCAUCCCCUACGUAACUGCCAGCCAAUCCAAAUCAGACAUGGGUUUGACCAUCAGCAGUAGUGACUACCUGGUCUCCAUGAUGCCCUCCCUGGUCCCACCCGUAGAGGAUUGUGUCAGGUACUUCAAAUGGGACAAAUUUGCCUAUGUCUACAGUUCCCAAGAAGGAUUGCAGAGAUAUCAGACCCUUUCGUCCAGGUUUCCUUCGAAGCAAUACGACAUCACUGUUCGUCGGGUCGGAUCCGAACCCGAGACCCGGAUGCUUCUGAAGAGCUUUCGUGAUUCUGGUCGUCAUCGUAUCAUCUUCGACACCACAGGAAACGAUACUCAACUCGUGCUAAGACAGGCCGGUAUGCUCGGUAUGAUAACCAGCUCAUAUCAUUACCUUUUUCUUGACCUGGAUCUAGCAGAUGUGAACAUGGAUGAUUUUAUUUUUGGAGGGAUGAACGUAACUGGUUUUCAGCUCGUCAACAAGACCGAUCCCCACUACAAGAGUCUCGAAAUGAUGUGGUACAAACGUCAGGCGUACCUCAGGCAAGGCAAUCAAACCUUUGACUGGCCGCAGAAUAUCUCCACAUUGGGCUACCAGAAGCUGAAGACGAUGACGGCUUUGUCGUAUGACGUCACUCGUGUAUUCUGGGAAACGAUCAGCAUGUUGAAGAAGAACAAGAGAAUACAACUCCUAACGGUCAGAGCAGCCAGAUCUUGCGGCAAUCCAGGAUUCAAAAAAAUCCCUCAGGACAAAGACGUGCUGGAGUAUAUCAAAUUGAUAUCGUUCAAAAGUGCGACUGGUCACAUAGAAUUUGAUGAAAACGGAGAGCGCGCUAACUACACACUCAAAGUACUGGCACUUAAACCAACGGGAUUGCAAGAGGUUGGAACCUGGAUGCCGAACGUGCCUAAUAAUAGUAACAAUAAUAACAGCCCUCUUCUGAGUCGUCUGGUUCUCAAAGGGGAAAAUUCAGAAAGCUCAUUUCAGAACGUCAAUAAGACUUUCAUCAUUACUUCUGUUCUCGAACGACCAUUCAUGAUGUUGAAAAAUGAGAAAACUCGAACUCCUGGUAAUGGCCGGUAUGAAGGGUACUGCAUGGACCUCUUACAUGCAAUCAAUGAACACCACCCGUUCAAGUUUAUUAUCAGAGUGAGAAACGACAGCGCCUACGGAACGGCCGAUGACAACGGCACUUGGAAUGGCAUGGUCAGUGAGCUGAUAAAUAAGGAGGCCGACAUCGCGGUCGCCCCGUUGACGAUCAACUCCGACCGGGAGCGGGUCAUUGACUUUACCAAGCCUUACAUGAGUCUUGGGGUCAGCAUCAUGAUCAAGAAACCCCAGAACACUCGUCCCAGCGUCUUUUCCUUCAUGCACCCUUUGUCCUACGAGAUCUGGCUCUCCAUAAUCUUCGCCUACCUUGGUGUCAGUGUGGUUCUCUUCCUAGUCAGUCGGUUUAGCCCGGAUGAGUGGUAUACCGUAGAACAAGGAACUUUGUCCAGUGCGCCUUCCACAGAGGGCGAGAUUGAUAGAGACGAACCAAGAGACAAGAAAGCGAACAACUUCGGUAUUCAGAACAGCCUUUGGUUUUCGAUGGGCGCCCUCAUGCAACAGGGAUGUGAAGUUUCACCAAGAUGCUUGUCAGGUCGAAUUGUUGGUGGGGUAUGGUGGUUUUUUACUCUCAUCAUCAUAUCCUCAUACACUGCUAACCUGGCUGCCUUCUUGACUGUCGAGCGGAUGUCCUUUCCGAUCAAUUCGGCAGAAGAUCUUGUCAAACGUAAAGACAUCUCCUACGGUAUUCAAAGAGGAGGCUCGACACAGUCGUUUUUCUCCACGUCGAAAAUCCCGCUCUACAAUACGAUGUGGAGGUCGAUGAGCAACAACAAUACGCUUCCGUCACCGAUGACCAACUCGUCCGUGCAAGGCAUUGAACGCGUCCGCCAUUCCAACGGCAAGUACGCCUUCCUGCUCGAGUCGACGAUGAACGAGUAUCAGAAUCAGCAGAAACCUUGCGACACCAUGAAGGUGGGAUCGAACCUCGACUCGAAGAGCUACGGUAUAGGGGUCGCCAGGGAUCUCACUUUGUUAAGGGAUGAAUUGACUCUGGCUAUACUGCAACUGGGAGAAGAUGGCGUCCUUGAUAAUUUGAAGAAAAAAUGGUGGUACGACAAAGGAGAGUGCGAUCCUCAAUCUCAAGCCAUGGACCAGGCGAGUGCUCUUAGCCUUAGCAAUGUUGCUGGAAUCUUCUAUAUCUUGGUGGUAGGAAUGGGCGUGGCUAUUGGCGUUGCUCUAACUGAGUUCUACUGGCGUACCAGGUCCCAGUCGAAUAAAGAGAAGAUAUCUCUAUCGAAUGCUUUGAAAGCUAAGAUUCGUAUGUCAGUGACAGGUGAGAAAGGAAUGCCGACAUAUCCCAUCAUGAGACAAGUUAACACAAUGGCAUGUGAGAAAGCGCUGCUGUCCAAGGACCGAGAAUCACCGUCGGCUAUCCGGAGAGGGCAAACAUCCGUGUAAUAAUAUCCGACUCAUUUCAACCCAACCAUAAUAAGGAGAUGCAGGAAUUAGCUCUCCCCAAAUGAAUAUAUCUAGGGAAGCGUUUCAUCAACAUUUUUGUCCGACAAAUUGUCAGAUCUGACAUCUGUACUUGAAUUCGAUUGGCUUAGAAGCACUGUUACUAUGGUAACUGUCGGAUGAAAUGGGACAUUGUCGGAUAAAACGUCUGACAAGUCCUUUCACUAAGCGCUCCGACACCAAAGUAGCACUAAGUGGCAAAACUUGUUGUGGCUAAUCAAAACAGUCGUUGCAUGUGCACGUGUUCAACAUAAAUGCGCUAACCAAUCAGAAUGAUUGUUUCAAAUUGAUUUCAAACACAUGUGUUAACCCUACUGGAAAGAACGCAGUGUUCAACAAUGUGUGCCACAGUCUGUUCACAGUGUGGAACGCAAUGUGAAAUCACCUUCACACUGUUACAUUUGAGCAAUUUAAACACUGUGAAUCACAUUAUCACACAGUCCACUGUGUGAGCAGGAGGUGGACAUGCCCUCACACCGUCGAGGUGUCCACAGACUGAAAUCAUCUUCACAUUAUUGUAUUUUUUUGUUUUUGAACAAUGUGAAUAAUGUUUUCACAUAGUCCACACUGUGAACACACUGUGAUCACACUGUGUGACACUGUUCUUUCCAACAGGGAACAGGCCUACGAUUUUUUUUUUUCAUUGGGAAAGUUUAAGAGAGAGAGAGAGC